AUGUCGAGCAUCCCAGUAAAGGAGAACGGCGGAGUGCCAUUUCCCUAUCCGAUGCUAAGUCCUCACAAUUACACUGUGUGGGCGAUAAAGACAGAGGCGAUCCUUGAUGCCCAGGGAGUCUGGGAGACGGUGGAGCCAGUGGAAGGAGCCCAGGUGGAUGCAAAGAAGGACAAAAAGGCACGCGCAUACAUCUUGCAAUGUGUCCCCAAAGACAUCCUUCUCCAAAUUGCAACAAAGAAGACGGCGAAAGAUGUCUGGGACAGCCUGAAGACGAGAUAUCUUGGUAGUGAUCGGGUGAAGAAGGCACGUGUACAAAUGUUGAAGGGCGAGUUUGAUGCCCUCCGGAUGAAAGAGACCGAGACGAUUGAUGAGUUUGCUGGCAAACUCAGCGCCCUAAGCAGCAAAUUCUCCACCCUUGGAGCCACACUUGAAGAUUCCUCGUUGGUAAAAAAAUUGCUCGAUUCUGUCCCUGAUAAAUUCUUCCCUAUUGUUGCCGGCAUUGAGCAGUUCUACGACCUUGAGUCUAUACCAUUUGAGGAGGCUAUAGGGCGACUGAAGGCGUACGAGGAACGAACGCUUCGAUUACGCAGCAACACCAACGGCACUGAAGGAGAGCUCCUACUUACUCAUGCCGAAUGGCAAAUGCGACAAAAGGGGAGUAGCGUGGACACUUCGUCAGGAGGCAAGGAACGUGGGUCCAACAGCUCUAAUCGUGGCAAAGGGCAUGGGCGUGGGCGUGGGCGAGGGCGCGGUCGUGGUCGUGGUACACAGCGCCAAGAUAGUGCAGGAGGCACUAGCGGCAACAACAGUGGCACUCGUGACAAGAGACACAUAAAAUGCUUCAAUUGUGAGAAAAUGGGGCAUUAUGCGUCUGAAUGCUACAGCAAGCGUCGUGGAGAUGAGGCUCACCUCACUUGCGCCACCGAUGAAGAGCCAACACUAAUGAUGACCAUGUUCCACGAAGAAUCUCAGCGGCAGGAUACCAUUCUGCUCAGUGAAGAGAGGUUGCUACCGGAGGUGUACCGGGGCGUCAAGAAAGGUGAAGACAAAGACUUGACAGAAGCUGGGAACGAGGUGCACAUGGAAGGAGAUACCAUGAAGGUGAUUGAUAGGAGCGGGAAGCUCUUGAUGCUGCUGUUGGGGGAGAAGAAAUUGGCGGUUGGUGUGCCACUAUUGCCCCAGACGAACAAGCUUUACGAGGUGUGUGUGAUCUCCAAACAUGCAAGAUCAUCAUUCCCGCACCAAGCAAACUUUAGAGCGACGAAGCCUUUGGAACUUCUCCAUGCUGAUAUCUGCGGGCCAAUUUCACCAAGUACACUUGCCGGUAACAAGUAUUUCUUUUUGAUUGUUGAUGAUUGCACAAGGUGGAUGUGGGUAUUUGUCUUGACAGCAAAGAAAGAUGCAUUCCAAGCAUUCAAGAAGUUCAAGUCCGUGACGGAGAACACAACUGAGUACAAGAUCAAGACACUUCGGACAGACCGUGGCGGUGAGUUUCUAUCCACGGAGUUCACUCGAUUCUGUGAAAAUGAAGGAAUUGAGAGGCACCUUUCGGCUCCCUACACACCCCAACAGAAUGGCGUUGUGGAGCGUCAUAACCGCACAGUGAUGGCUAUGGCAAGAUCUCUCCUCAAGGGUACACAUAUGCCGGCAAGGUUCUGGGGAGAGGCGGUUAGGCAUGCUGUCUAUCUGCUAAACCGUCUCCCAACUAAAGCGCUAGGAGAACGUACUCCAUUUGAAGCUUGGAUGGGGAGAAAGCCACAUCUUGCCCACUUGAAGGUGUUUGGUUGUAUUGCCUAUGCAAAAAAUACAACCCCUCACCUUAAGAAACUUGACGACAGAAGCUCACCUAUAGUAUACUUAGGAGUCGAAAAAGGCUGCAAAGCUCAUCGUCUAUUUGAUCCAAGGCAUAACAAGCUAUAA